CUUCCUGAUCGUGUGAAAUGAAUUUCUACCACAUCACAACUCGCUCAUAUCACAGAGAAAAAUACGCCAGUAUGUUAUAGCAACCAGGAACUUCUAACGAAAGAUGAACGUGACCCGGGAGUCGCCACUCUUCGUGGCACAAGAGGUCCUCUGCGUCUACCCCAUUAGCACCAUCUAUGAUUCGUGUCCACGAUACCUCUUCUACGCUCUGCUCCUAGCUGUAUGCGUCACGCGCUGGACUGGCUGGUUAGCUGACGUCUUCCUUGGUGCCGCUGCUACGUAUGCCGGCUCGGCUGCUAUUCAGGCAUUUAUUCUUGUCUCCAGCUCAGCAAAGCAUCCGACACCGCAGCCGGUCUCCAUUCCAUUUGUUUCCGAUAAUACUACCCUAUGGGAUGGCUUUCCGGCGUUGAAAACCGGAACCAACGAGAUUGACAUUAGUCCUGCAGCGAUCGAGCUCGAUGCAGACGCCGUUCUUUCCAUCGUAGUGACGGGAUAUCUCGUGUUCCUACCACUGCAGUGCUGGUCUCGAGUCUUUGCCCAAGAUCGUAUCGGCUACAUUAUUUUCUCGUUGUGGAAUGUUUUCAUGCUAGCGGGGACCAUCUGCUCUUUAGCCUAUUGGCCUAGACUGAAAAAGACCCCAGCACAAUAUACCUUCUGCUUACCGCAGCUACCUCCCCAGGAUACGAUAUCGAGUGACGGAUGGGAGACAUGGCAGUACCAGUCAUCGUGGAACAACAGCGUGUGGGACAUCUUUACCAAUGAUACACUCUUACUCCGGCUCAGCGACGUUUGCUUAUACCCGUGCUUCAAUUCCAGUCAGGUGCUACGUCAGCAAACCUCACUACAAGCGGUCGUAGCGUCGGGAACCAACCGAUUCGCAAAACGCCAUAGGUUCUGGGGCAAGGUGAUCUACUCCCAGCGGUACAUCUACAGCCUGGUCGGCCUUACUAUGGUCCUGAACGUCCUGUUGCUGCUCAUCAGAGUGCUACCGUAUCGCUCCCGAAUUCCAUCGGCGCGAGUCCGGCAGGUCUGGCAAGAGAGAAAAAAUAUUAUCGGGGGUCUGAAGGAGGACUUUUAUAUUGCGGUCCAUGCAUCUCGACACAGUCGCGAGUCAGUGGUAGAGAAAACGAGAAUAAAACUGUCAUCAUGGAAACCGGCAUCGCAAUUGUUUACUCUACGGUCAGCAACCUCCUGGGCGAAAGUGAUCUUUGACGUCAUCAUUCUUGGGGCGUUGCUAUUCAGCAUCAUCAUCAGCCCACUCACUGUUAUCGCCUUUGUGGUUUGGAUUGAAUACUAUAUUUAUCACGACGGGCCGUCCCAGGAGGAACCGCAACAGGUUGGACAAUGGUCAUCCCUGGUGUCAGUCGCGCUGUUGAUGAUCUCUGCGAUGAUUUACAAGUUCAGGUACUGGGUGGCACCGCGACAUGAGAUUGAGCAUGACAUUGAAGAGCUACGAAAGGAAAUUAAAUUCCUGGAGAAGCUGAGAGACGAGAAGUCGAACACAUAGCAGCUAUAUACCUAGUUACACCCAAACUCACAGAUAAC